UUACGGCGUCACCGGAAAAGAAACGGUAAACAUACAGGUUUUAUUCUCGCAUUCACAUAGCAACAAAAUGGCGGACCAAGAGGCAAAUAAUUCUGCUACUACAGAGGAGGCACCUGCACCAGAGGUUCAAGCGGAGGCUCCACCAGCUGAGGAUCAACCUCAAACACAAGAAGAAGCUCCAGCUGAGCAGACUGAAGAACCAGCCCAACAACCAGAAGGAGAAGUAACUGAGGCUACUCCAGCACCUGAAGAAACUGCUCAAGCUGAAGCUACACCUACAGAAACAGCUGAGGGUGGUGCUGAACAAACUGGGGAGACAGAACAAGUGCCAGAAGGUGGGGCUGAGCAAACAGCAGAGGGAGGGGAACAAAAGGCAGAAGGUCAAGAGGCCGGUGAAAGCGAAGUCAAGCCAGAGGGAGAGGGUGAGCAGAAAGAAGAAGGAGAAGCUACUGUUGAUGGGGAAGAGAAGCCAGCAGAAGAAGGGGCACCUGCUGAAGGAGGUGAAGAUCAAGAAAAGAAAGAAGGUGAGGGUGAGGCCCCAGCUGAGGGUGAUGCUCCUGCCGAGGGUGAAGCAAAGGAGGGUGGGGAGGAUGGAGACAAGCCUGAUGGUGAAGGAGAGGAGACUAAACCAGAGGGUGAAACAGAAGGGUCCAAAUCACCUGUUCCCCAGAGUGAUACCUUUGCUGAGGGUGAACGUGCAGAAAGUCCUGUCCCAGUAGGAGUUGGUGAAAAAUUAUCAAGAGAAGGAAGCCCUGUUGAGCAAACACCAGUACCAGUUCCAGAUAUCCUAGAACCAGGGACUCCUGAGAGGUCGCGACCUGGAACUGCUGAGGGGGACAAAGAAGGGGGACAAUUGGAAGCAUUUGAUGAGGAGGAGGAAGAUGAGGAGGAGGAAGAAGACGAAGAGGAAGAACCAGAGUUUGACAGAGAGGAGCUGAUAGAACGAUACCAUCAAGCUAUUGCCGAGAGAGAGCAGCUUCAACAGACAAACUACUCCCUGCAGCACAAACUAGCUGAAUACUUCAGGAAAAAGAAGGCAGAUGAAAGUCGACAGGAAUAUGAUAAAAAUGUCACAGAUCAAGAACAAAGAUAUCUCAAAUAUAUGGCUCAGUUAGAGGACCUGCGUAGACAGGACAUGCAAGAGAGGGACAACUACAAACAUCAGAUACAAGAGCUCAAGUCUCGCUGCGAGGAACGUAAAGAGAGAGUUGAUGAGGAACGUAAAAAGUUCAUGGAGUUCAAGAAACAAGUGGCACUUAAUGCGCUCAAUAGUAGAUCUGGUCGACCAAUACCACCAAAGGAUAUCGAACAGUAUUUAGCAGGCGAAGCAAGAAAAGAAGGGGAGGUGAUAAAUGUGAGACUGGAAAAUAUCAAACUGAAAAAUAAACUUAAGAAGAAAGAACACCAGCUCAAGUCUAAGGAGGAGUUAGCUGAAGGUUUACAUUUGAUAGAUUUUGAACAGCUGAAGAUUGAAAACCAGACAUAUAAUGAGAAGAUUGAAGAAAGAAAUGAGGAGUUGCUGAAAUUACGUAAGAAGAUUACCAGCACUGUUCAGGUGUUAACACAUUUAAAAGAGAAGCUACAGUAUGUCCAGGCAGAAAAUCAAGUACAGAAACGUAACCUGCGGGAAGUGGAGGCCGAAGUUGGACAGAAAAGAGAUAUUUUAUCUAGAACAAAACAAGCAAGAGACGCUUUAAGAAUUGAUAACCAACGUUUACGACAAAAUUGUGGACUUUUAGGGAAUGAAUCUUUACUAAGAGACUUUGAAGAGCGUAAAGAUGAAGGCGAUGACCUUCGUAAUAAACUUGAACAUCUGAAAAUGCAACAUGCAGAACUUACACUGCAUUGUAAUCAAGUGAGGCGUAAAAUUGAACAAGCCCGGAGUGGACGCGCUUAGAAUAUAUUGUGUUAAACAAAACUAACAAAAGUAAAGCCGGACUUUAGUUGAGUGGCAUUUAGUUUUGGUUAUGAAACGGAAAUAUUUUUAUGGAAUUUGAUAUAUAUGAAGUAUAUGGAGAGUACAUAAUUAUGUCAUUGUUUAUUUUAGGGAAUCUAGACACAAUGUCAUCUGUGUACAGUUCUGAAAUAAGUGUUUACUUGAAGUUAUUAAAUGUCUGUGAUAUAAAUAAUAAAACUUUUAUACAGAAAAA